AUGGAGCAUAUUAAUAAUGAGGAAAUUCCAUCAGCACCAGCAACACCAGGCACUCCUGGUGCACCUCUGUUUGGUGGGUUUAAGUCAGAGAGAAGUGGGAAUGGUAGUAAUAAGUACAAGAAGUCCCUCCUUAAGAAUUGUAAAUGUUUCGGUGUCCAAGAAUGGACCUUAGAAGAUGGAGCUCUACCCACCGUCACUUGUUCAUUAAUGCCACCUCCUCCUCCUGUUCCUCUCGCAAAAAAGAUAGGAGCUGAGUUUAUAGGGACAUUUAUUCUGAUGUUUGCUGGGACAGCCACUGCUAUUGUAAACCAAAAGACAAACGGGGCGGAAACUCUGAUCGGAUGUGCUACCUCGACUGGUCUUGCCGUUAUGAUCAUCAUCCUCUCCACCGGCCACAUCUCCGGUGCUCAUCUCAACCCUGCAGUCACCAUUUCCUUUGCUGCAUUAAAGCACUUCCCGUGGAAGCAUGUGCCUAUGUAUAUUGGUGCACAAGUUUUGGCAUCAAUAUGCGCUGCAUAUGCUCUCAAAGGGGUUUUUCACCCUUUCAUGAAUGGCGGAGUCACUGUUCCUUCCGGAGGAUAUGGCCAAGCUUUUGCUUUAGAGUUCAUUAUCAGCUUUAAUCUCAUGUUCGUUGUCACUGCAGUGGCCACUGAUACAAGAGCUGUAGGAGAACUAGCAGGAAUUGCGGUUGGAGCAACUGUGAUGCUCAAUAUACUCAUAGCAGGGCCAAUAACAGGAGCAUCAAUGAAUCCAGUAAGAACUCUAGGUCCAGCUAUUGCUGCAAACAACUACAAAGCCAUAUGGGUCUAUCUAUUAGCUCCAAUACUUGGAGCUCUAGGCGGGGCAGGUACUUAUACAGCAGUAAAGCUGCCAGAAGAAGAUGAUAACGCAAAGACUAAUGCUUCUUCAAACCACCCCAGCUUCAGAAAAUGAUGAUGAUGAUCAACUUCUCCUGUCUCCAUGCUCAUCCAUCAUCAUAAAACAACUUAAGACAGACACUACACUACAUGAUGAUUAAUAUUUUGAAAUAUAUAUAUAAUAUAGAUUUUGUGUGAAAAGCAAACAAGCAAAAAUUAGAAGCAUUUGGCAUGUGCACAAAUUAGGUGAUAUAAAUGUGAUAAGGUGUAAUCAAUGUAUCUAUUAAAUCAA